UUACCCGGCACUUUGGUGCAGCCAGCUAGUAAUGUACAGCGGAGAGAUCCUCUCUUUCAAAUCCCAGGGCACCAGGCCAAGCCAGGCUAGUAUUGCAUUUUCAAUUAGCUUCUGAGUGAACGCUUGGCAUAUGCAGAAGGGAAUCGGUGCACAAUUAGCUUAUUGUUCCUUCCAGCUCCGUGCGGCGAAGAUUUGAAGGGCCGGAGGAGGAAUACAGUAGUGGCUCCAGCCAGAGGCAUUGCCGUGGAUGUGGAAUCGGGGAGUUUCUCAGCCCAGGCAGCUCUGCUUGCUAACUCGGGGAAUUAACUGCUGUUAUUAAGGACCGCUUGGCGCAGCUUCAGGGAGCGUGCCAGAGGAUAAUCGCGGGAACAACUGUCUGCUUCUCCUCUCAGGCAGUUCGGGGCUCUUUUCUCUUCUGCGUCCUGAUUGCUGCCAUGGAGCCAAACAGCCCCAAAAAGAUACAGUUUGCUGUGCCGUUAUUUCAGAGUCAAAUAGACCCUGAAGCAGCUGAACAGAUCAGGAAAAGAAGGCCCACGCCAGCAUCAUUAGUAAUUAUGACUGAUUCGCCUCCUGAAAUAGAUGAGAAGAGAACGAACAACAACUCCCAAGAUGAUACACAGAAUGCUUCUCCCAAACAGAGGAAGCAGAGCGUCUAUACCCCUCCUGCCAUGAAAGGUACUGUGCAGGGAUUAAGCAUCUAAAAAACCAGAAUGACACGGCCUUCCCGGAGGAGGAUGAAGGAGUCAAUGAAAGAGAUGAGGAGUGGAGCCCGUAACUGGCUCCAAGCAUCUUUGGGAAAGUCCCUCUUGUCAAUAACUGAACUGCUAAACUUUCUGUACUUAACGUGGAACUCUAUUGCUUGUCUUCCUGACCCAAACCCGCCUUCACCUCAGUACCCAACAGCAGGAGGAUUUCGUGGUGGAAUUUACAGCAAUUUGCAGAAUCUGCCUUGUGGUACUUCAUAACUGGAGAUAACAGUUUCUUCCAUUUCUUUUCUAGCCAUUUCCCCCUUGUAUUUGUUUUUAAUGACUUCAAAUACGUCGUUUGCAAACAUGUCAAGUCCUUUAGUGCUGUCGUUGCUUAAUUUCUGAAUGUGAGCUGCAGUCUAGAAGAUCAGCUGUAAAUAUUAUAAAUUUGAAUGCUACAAAACUGUGCUAAAUAGGCAGAGCAUGCCUUUGAAGGGCCCCAUGACAGCCAAUCAAAAUAAUAUUGAUUUGAUCUUGAAAGAAAAUUACAACCAAGCCUUCUUAGGUCAAUAUUAGCCCACUAGGGUGUGCUCACAGGGGGUCACCUGAGAUUUCAACUACCUGGGGCCUCCACAGGGUUUAAUCUGGCACAGCCUUCCAUUUGAAUCCUGUCUGGCAACAAUGUCAGUGGUCUUCUGUUUGAGGAUACUAUUAUGGACUGGGCCUUCAUGAAUACACUUUUAGGUUAUGUGUUUUGCCUCACUGUUUUCAUGCUGUUCUAAUUGAUCUGUGGCUUAUUAAUAACGGGAUGCUUUUGUUGCCACUUUUCUGAUCUUGUAGGCAUUGAGACAUCUGGCAUUAUUUUUUGAGGGGAAAUGGAGAGGUACAUAUUCCAUGGCCAUUGAAUUUGGGGGUUCCAUAAGUGGCCACGCCCAAAUAUUUGUUAUUUAUUUAUUGCAUUUAUAUCACACCUCCUCUCCAAGAAGCUCACCGUGGUGCGCAUAGUUUUUCUGCUCCUCCUUUAAUCCCCACAACAACCUUGUGAGGUGGGUUAUGCUGAGAGGCAGUGACUGGCCCAAGUCCACACCAAGCGAUUUGGUUUGAGUUAUUGUAUUUCUAUGCCGUUUUUCAUUCCGAUGAAUCUCAAAGCGGCUUGCAAACAAUAAAUAACAGUAACAUAAUAGAACGUCGCAUAAAUGCAGCAUAAAUCAAAUAAAAAUAAUUAACAAAUCAUC